AUGAAACGAGAGAAUUCUGUCAGGGCUAAUUGGAAAGACCCGGAAGUAUUCCGGCGAUUUAUAGAAUUAUGUUUGAUUGAAGCACGCCCUAAUAAUUACAGUGGAAACAGUUUAAAAAAAGAAUGUUGGGAACGAAUUAGAUCAACUUUGAAAGCUGAAAAUAAGGGCGAUUUUACGCAAAGACAAUUGAAGAAUGAAUGGGAUUAUUUGAAACAAAAAUAUAUAAUUUGGGCAAGACUCAUUGGUAACACAGGGAAUACUCAUUAUGACCCUGUUACCAAUACCAUCAAUUGGACUUCAAAGCAAUGGGAAGAGUACUUAAAGGAUAAUCCCAAAGCAAGCAAAUUUCGUUUUAAUCCACUGGAAUAUCCAAAUGAAAUGAGGGCAUUAUUUGAUGGUAUUGUGGCUAGCGGAAAAAAUGUGUGGGGUCCAUCUAAAGAGGGAUUACCACAGGAUGGUCUUGAAUCUUGUUCACAGACAUGUAUCAAUUUGGAAACGGAAGAAAUUGAUAUGGCCUCUUCUUCAACUAAGAAAUCAAAACAGGAAAUCAAGAGUGAAGGCAAACAUCCAAAAAAAACCAAUGUUGAAAAACUACAUGAUGUUGAUAGUCAGUUGAUGAAUGUUAUUGAGAUCUUGGAAAAGUCAGAUGGACCAAGUAUUAAAGAUUGUAACGAGAUUUUAGACAAAAUGCAGGGUUUAACAGAAAUGGAUCCACUAUAUAAUGGCGGUGUUUCCAACACUCGACGUGGCCUGCGGUGGCCCUUCACCGAAGCUUUAGAACAUGUGGAUGUCGGAGGCGCUGACACGAUGGUAGAUGUCAAUCGUCAAACUGCUGAAGUCCACAGAGUUUCUGGAUCUGAUGGAUAUUUCUUCUUGAAAAAUUGCACACCUUGGGGUUUUUUGAGAUCUGCCAUUGCUGAUUUAGUAUUCACUGCCUUUGCAACAUUUAUGUGUUGA